AAGAGCAAGGAACAAUUCACUCUGACUGAUACAGUACCCUUUGACAGUUUGUCAGCUACCGCAACGAUGGCAACAACUCAAAAAUGCUUCGCGAAAGGGAGUUGUCCUCCUGGUCCUGUUCCUAAAGGUCACAUCAGGCUGUACAGCAUGAGAUUCUGCCCUUUUGCCGAGAGGGCCAGGCUUGUGCUCCAUGCCAAGGGCAUCAAACAUGAGACCAUCAACAUUAACCUGAAGGACAAACCUGAAUGGUUUUUGGAGAAGAACCCUCUCGGACUUGUGCCAACACUAGAGACUGUGAAUGGUCAGGUGAUCUAUGAGUCACCAAUCACAUGCGAGUAUCUGGAUGAAGCGUAUCCAGAGAAGAAGCUGCUCCCCUCUGAUCCGUUUGAGAAGGCUCAGCAGAAGAUGCUUCUGGAGCAUUAUUCCAAGGUUACUCCGUACUUCUAUAAGAUCCCAAUGGGCAGGAAGAACGGUGAGGAUGUGUCAGGCCUAGAAGGCGAGCUGAAGGAGAAGCUGUCUAAACUAAACGAGGUGCUGGUCAACAAGAAAACCAAAUUCUUUGGAGGAGAUUCUGUCACGAUGAUCGACUACAUGAUGUGGCCCUGGUUUGAGAGGAUCGAGAUGAUGGAGUUGAAGCAUUGUUUGGACGGCACUGCUGAAUUCAAGAAAUGGUACCAAUUGAUGCUGCAGGACCCUACUGUCAAGGCCACCAUGUUCAGCACAGAUACCUUCAAGGCCUUUUACAAAAGCUACAUGGAUGGCAAACCAGACUAUGACUAUGGGCUGUGAGCUCCACUGUGAUUUCUCUGGAGACAGUGAUUAUCUCUGGCCGUCUGCCCUUGACUAGUCUUGUUAAUGUUAAUCUGACUGUAGCCAGGUGCUGAAGAGCAAAUGUUGUGGGACUGAAGUCACUGAUCAGAUCACACUGAAAUUUCAACAAGGAUGUUUGUAAUCAAAACAAAAUGGUUUGUUUUAUAUUUUUUAUAUAUAGGAACAACUGUCUUUGUGGUGUUUUUGUUUUAGCACUUUAGGGGGUUUGAGGGCAAUCGUGGAUAUAAACAUUUGGUGAUAAGAUCUUUUUUUACAAACUUUUGUCAGCUGCCUUUAUUAGUAAAUAAAGACAAUCUUGUUUCAA